AUGUCCGCGCCCACUGGUGACAUCGGCCUCAUUGGCUUGGCCGUCAUGGGUCAAAACUUGAUCCUCAAUAUGAACGACAAGGGCUUCACGGUCGUUGCGUACAACCGAACGACCAGCAAGGUCGACCACUUCCUCGCCAACGAGGCCAAGGGCACGAACGUCCUGGGCGCGCACUCGAUUCAGGAGCUCUGUGCUAAGCUCAAGCGGCCCCGGAAGAUCAUCCUCCUUGUGAAGGCCGGUCCGGCUGUCGAUUCGUUCAUCGAGCAGCUCAUCCCAUUCCUCGAGCCGGGUGACAUCGUCAUUGACGGUGGUAACUCCCACUACCCCGACUCCAUCCGCCGCACCGAGGAGCUUGAGUCGAAGGGUUUCUUGUUCGUCGGCUCUGGUGUGUCCGGCGGUGAGGAGGGUGCCCGUUACGGCCCCUCACUCAUGCCCGGUGGUUCGCCCGCGGCAUGGCCCCAUAUCAAGGAGAUCUUCCAGGCUACUGCCGCUCAGGUCAACGGCGAGGCGUGCUGUGACUGGGUCGGUGAGACCGGUGCAGGUCACUACGUGAAGAUGGUCCACAAUGGUAUUGAAUACGGUGACAUGCAGCUUAUCGCCGAGGCAUACGACAUCCUCAAGCGCGGCCUUGGUCUCCCUGAGAGUGAGAUCGCAGACAUCUUCUUGAAGUGGAACAAGGGUGUCCUCGACUCCUUCCUCAUCGACAUCACCGCGAACAUCCUCAAGUUCAACGAUGACGAUGGUGAGCCCAUGGUCACCAAGAUCCUCGAUGCUGCAGGUCAGAAGGGUACCGGGAAGUGGACGGCUAUUGCUGCGCUUGACGCCGGCAUGCCUGUCACUCUCAUUGGUGAGGCCGUGUUCGCUCGUUGCCUGUCGUCCAUCAAGUCGGAGCGUGUCCGUGCGAGCAAGGUCAUCAGUGGCCCGCAGAAAGAGGAGUUCAAGGGUGACAAGAAGCAGUUCCUCGACGACCUCGAGCAGGCGCUGUAUGCGUCUAAGAUCAUCUCUUACGCCCAAGGUUUCAUGCUCAUGCGUGAGACCGCGAAGGAGCAAAACUGGAACCUCAACUACGCCGGUAUUGCGCGCAUGUGGCGUGGCGGUUGCAUUAUCAAGUCCGUCUUCCUUGGGGACAUCACGUCUGCGUACACGAAGACCGCCAACCUCGAGUCGCUGCUCUUCGACGACUUCUUCAACAAGGCCGUCCACAAGGCGCAGCCCGGCUGGCGGCGCAUCAUCGCGCAGGCCGUGCUCUGGGGUAUCCCGACGCCCGCGUUCAGCACCGCCCUUGCGUUCUUCGACGGCUACAGGAGCGAGGUCGUGCCUGCGAACAUCCUCCAGGCGCAGCGUGACUACUUCGGUGCGCACACCUUCAAGGUCGUGCCCGGCAAGGAGAACGCGAAGCUCAAGGCUGGCGAGGACAUCCACAUCAACUGGACCGGUCGUGGCGGCAAUGUCUCGGCAAGCUCGUACUCCGCUUAA